UGGAGUUUCGACUUCAAUCAGAAACCCAAAUUACUUCAAAACAAUUUCAAAACUUUCUGAUACUUUAUUUUGUCCUUAAUCGGAAUACGCGAAGAACGAGCAAAGAGGAAACCAGCAGAAUGAUUUAAAAGGGUGAAAAAGUCUGAAAGGAUACAUAAGAAAAUGCAAGCUCUUUAACUUCCGACACCAGGGUGGUCGAAGAGCAGAUUGAGAAGGAAUAUUUAUAACAUAAGGGUUUAAUGAUCGCUGAGAACCCUUAACGUGCCUGACUCUGGGAGAGGCAACUUUUAUUUUCAAAUGCUGGAUGUUAUCGAAGAGGAGAAAAACUGAAAUUUGAUUUUUAAAAAUUAUUUUGAGUGGAUCUCUUGUGCUGUCAUUAAGAAUUUUUUGACGCGUUCCGCUUCAUGACUCUCUGGGUCAUAUUCGAGAGAGACUUCAGUCUUUCAGAUCAGAUUACUACUACCGACCUAUUCCUCAUUUUAUUCUCCUAGGAGUUUUACAAGGUCUGUGCCCGAAGGACGAUGGAAGCCCUCCCUCAGGCUGUGACCAUCACGGAAGGGAAGGUGCGAGACGAGCACAGUGGCUGGAGGCCAUGUGGCAGGAGAUCACGGCAGUCGAGCACUGUUGGUCGCGGUGCCCACCAGCAUUACUCAACUUUUGAAGCCUCGAUGCCAGCCGAUUCAUUGCUCCAGGACUAUGGUUACCCCUAUGACCCCAGCAUCCCACAAACCGUGCGGGGAUUUGUUCCGUCAGACAGCCCCGCUCACUCUGAUGUACCCUUCACAAACUGGCCCCCUCAUCAGAACCAAGCCAGGGACAGCCAGGCAGUGUGCAGUACCAUGCAGCAACCCCCGAACCAGUACAUGGACCAUCACCUGAAGCCAAGCCAAGGGCAGUGUCCCAACAUCCCUGCACCCCACGGACUUGCAUCAGCAGAGGGGCCCCACACUGCAAGUUUCUGUCACCAAGCAAACAUACUGGCUGACCAUUACGGGGAGGUCACAAUGCAGCCUACUGCUGAACACAUGCAUUCAAUGGAAGGUCUCAGUUCCAGAUUCUCAACCCCCCGCAGUACCAUGAAGAUGAAUAAGAAGCGAGCCUUGUCUAUCUCGCCACACUCUGACAGCAGCAUUGACCUUCAGACCAUGAUCAGGACAUCCCCCAGCUCUCUGGUUGCUUUCGUCAACAACUCCCACUGUGGUUCCACAACGAGUGGCUCCUAUGGACAUUUGUCCAUUACAGGGAUCAGCCAAACGUGCGGAUUUCCACAUUCUACAACAGCGACCUCCAAGUACCAGCAGUUCCUCCUUCAGCCGAAAGGGGUGGCCACUACGUUCAGUAACACACAGCCUCUCAGUCACCCCUCACUGCCAGAUGGUUCUCGGCAGCACCAGCCCAGUGGGGCCUCAUUACUGCCACCUUCACACCCAGAUAGGACCUCCAAGGCCUUGCAGAUGAAAGCAGAGUCAUCAAUCAGCAGUACGAUGGAUCUACUCAAUGGGAAAUGUCUAGAGGAGAAGUCUGAGGGAGAUGUCUCCAGUCCUGCCUCUACAGGCACGCAGGAUCACUUGUUGGGAACGAUGGAUGGAAGGGAAGAUGGAGAUAAGGAUGAUGGCAAGCAGGAGCCAGAAAGCAUCUAUGAGACUAACUGUCACUGGGAAGGAUGCAGUAAUGAGUUUGAUACUCAAGAUCAGCUCGUGCACCACAUUAACAAUGAGCACAUUCAUGGAGAGAAGAAGGAGUUUGUUUGCCAUUGGCAAGAGUGUUCAAGAGAGCAGAGGCCGUUUAAGGCCCAGUACAUGUUGGUGGUUCACAUGAGGCGACACACAGGAGAGAAGCCUCAUAAAUGUACAUUUGAAGGUUGCAAUAAGGCCUACUCCAGGCUAGAGAACCUGAAAACCCACUUGCGUUCCCACACUGGAGAAAAACCCUACGUCUGCGAGCAUGAGGGCUGCAAUAAGGCAUUCUCAAACGCUUCUGAUCGAGCCAAGCACCAAAACAGGACUCAUUCCAAUGAGAAGCCAUAUGUUUGCAAGAUCCCGUGCUGCACCAAGCGAUACACAGACCCCAGCUCGUUAAGGAAGCAUGUUAAGACUGUGCAUGGCCCCGAGGCACAUGUGACCAAACGGCAACGUGGUGACAUUAAUGUGAGAACUCCCACGACACAAGAUGGAAUAAGGCCUUUGCCGGGACAGAAUGGAGAAAUUCAGCAUGAGGAGAGGUGCAGUACUGCCACCAGGAAGAUGGAAGAUUUCCUGCAGGGAAAAUUAAUGGUGCCGGACACUACCAGGAAGUUGCAGACCAGCCCUGGAGGUCGAUCAUCGAGCAGCAGUGAGAGAUCAUUUCAGGGAAGCACCAACAACAAUGACAGCGGAGUGGAGAUGAAUGUCAAUGGCGGCGGCAGCUUUGAAGACCUGACCAGCAUCGAAGACGUGCCCUCCAUAGAUUCCACGGUUCAUUUGGGUGCUGCGGAUGCUGGGCUGCGCAGGAAUGCCACAGCACUGCAGCGGUUGGCCAACCUGAAGAUUGGAAAGCUCAAGCAGAUACGCAAACCCAUGCCGCCCUCACGGGCGGUGAAACUACCCAUGAUACAGGGCAUCGCUUUGCCUGGAGAAGUCGCCACAUGUGUAUCCUUGGCACAGCCGUGUCACCGCCUCGCGGAGCUGUCGGCCAGAGAUCCCGCAGCAAGGAACCAGCUCACCGAGCGCCGCAACAGCACCACCAGCACCGUCAGCUCAGCGUACACGGUCAGCCGGAGGUCAUCCACUAUCUCUCCUUACUUGUCCAGCCGUCGGUCCAGUGAAGUCUCCCUGGUGGGGGGCCGUGGCAACAACGGUGCCUCUGGCGAAUCAUACAACCCCAUGUCACCCGACUCCUCACAGGGAUGCAGCGAGGUAAGCCAGUGUUCCACGCUCCCGGGACUGCCCACCCUCUCCCCAUUACAGCAAUACCGCCUUAAAGCCAGGUACGCCGCGGCCACAGGAGGACCGCCACCCACGCCCUUAUCAAACCUGAAGCAGGCGGGCACCAAUGUCAGUGAGUUGAGCAACCCCAGCAGGCCCACCUUCCCAAUUCACGGCCCUUGCCGAGGCGGGGACGGCAGUUUCCAUGCCUAUGGCGCAGCCAUGCUCAGACACCAAGACGUCCUCGCCAUUGACUCGAGGCGAGCGAGUGACCCAGUGAGGGUGGCCGACGGUGCGCAGUCGAUGCCGAAGGUGCAGCGAUUCAACAGCCUCAAUAACAUCAGCCCUUCCAUGGUCCCAAGGAGAAACUACAACCCGCAGCACCUUGCGGGCUCGGAAACAAAUCUCCACGGUUGCAUCUACUCCCCGCGCCCGCCAAGUAUCACUGAAAAUAUCCUGAUGGAGGCUGUCACCAUGGAAACGUCCAAUCAAGCCAAUCCUGGGCUUCCUGCUGACAUGGCACCUUAUCAGAAUUACCAAGGGGCCAAUGUUCCUUUAUUAAACGAUCAUGUUUGCAACACACAAACCGCAGAGCUUCACAGUCCAGUGGGAAUGCCCAGUCAACAGCUCUACGGCAGCUCCAAUAGAAAUGCAGGAAACAUGCAGGUUGGCUUAGCCCAACAGGCCCCGAUGGACAGUAACAUGGCACAGCAGCAGUACACUGUCAAUCAGUUCCAGAGCCAAGGACAGGGAUGUUCUCAUGAGAACAACAUGCCAGUGCAGUGGAAUGAAGUAAGCUCAGGGAGCAUGGAUGUCAGCUCCAUUGAAAUUCCGAAUCAGCAGAGCAUUGAGCCAAACCUGGUCCAACUUAGUCAGUGCCUUAAACGGGUCAAUCAGAGCCCACAUUCUUCCCAGUACUUGAAUAAUUUUAUCCAGCAAAACGUGAAUGUGACUCACAAUGCCCUGAGCCAGCAGAGUAUGUUUAAUCAUGAUCAAAUGGCACACCCUGGAUAUCAACAGAUUAAACCAGAGCAUCUGUUGCACCAGACAGUGCCAAUGUUAAAUCCCUGCCAAAGCAUAAAGCAAGCAAUAGCAACCAGGCCAAACUUCAACCUACCUAAACAAACCAUAGCUAGCACCGAAGAGAUGAGCCACGGCAGCCAGCAACAGAUGGAAUGCUCAUCACGUUCCUGCUUUGAUGCAGCCGCGAACUCAGGAAUGCACAGCUCCCCAUUACGGAGCCGAGUGCACACGCCCAUGAUGCAAGUCAAGGAGAUGAUGGUGAGGAACUACAUCCAGUCACAGCAGGCCCUCAUGUGGGGUGAGCCGCAGCAGAGCAAUAGUGUCACACCACCACUGGACGUCAACGUUGGCAGUCCAAUCCAAGCUAUAUGUAGCCCUCCUCACAGCCUCAGGACCCAAAGUCAGCCAUACUCAGCUUACGGUGAUUGCCAAAGUCAGCCAGGUUUACUAAGUCCAUCCUCUCAAGAAGGUCAAAUCCAGCCAAAGACUUUGAUGAACCCAGGUGGCCAGUGCUACAGUCCAAGGAUGGUGCCCCACCCUCCAUCAGCCCAGAAGCUUCUCAGCAGCCAAAUGGCUCAGAAAGAGUACCUGUCGCAUGCAAGCCCUGUUCACAAGCCAACAACAGUCAGCACAGAAAAAUCAAUCAAUCUUCCACCAAUACAGUGUGAACUGGAGACACCAGAAGAUGGGAAUUUAUUGUUUUACUCUAGACAGAUGCAAACCCAGCAAGGAAGGCCACAGUUGAGGAAGCAGAUGUCAAACUCAAUACAGAUGCAUUCAUUACAAAACAACUGUGCGCUUCAGCAGCAGAUGAUGCUGAGCAUGGACCCUAUGAAGCUUGACUCAUCAAUUUACCCAGAGGCCAAUCAGAUGUCGAGUUGCAUAGACUCCUUGGAUCUUCAGCAUUCUCAGAUUGACUUUGCAGCAAUUUUGGAUGACGGAGGAAAUCCAUCCCUGACAACAGCCACCCUGACUCCCAACAUCAUUCCAAACAUUUCUCAAACGUCCUCUUGCCUAACAGCUCCCUACAAUCCCUUCACGUUGCAAACAGGAAUGUCCAACAUGGCUAUCAGCGACAUGAGUUCAGUGUUGACAACACUGGCAGGGGAAAGCAAGUUUCUCAAUACCAUGUCAUAAUGAGACAACCAUUAGUCUCUUGCUGAUGAAAUGAGAGGGUGUGGCGUGUAUUAACUUCACAGUACUGGAACUGUAAGUUCCAACUUGCCUCUUGUCAACAGCCAUUCAGAAUGUAACAGUUCAAAUGUCUUAUCAGUGAAGUUUGACCUGCUAAGCAAGAGGAAAUCAUGCAAUAUUUUGACCAGAUGUCGUGUCCUACCCCAACUGUGCUCAGAAUAUCUAUUCCCCAAGCCAUUUUGUGGCUGAGAGCAAGCUAUGGGCUGAAAUUAGGCUCCAAAGAUAGAUUACACUUGGAGACCACACAGACAGUGAGUCAGACAAACACUGUGUUUGAAUCUGUUUCUCUUAGUCAGUUUUUAUAAAACAUAUCACUGUCUGUUUAGGUAUAAUUCAAAUGGACAGCUCUUGCCAGGUGAUGCAAUCAGCUCCCUGCAUCUCACCAUGCACCCACACUCUUACCUUUUGUUCCCAAAAAGGAAUUUCUUAAAUACGUGUUUCAGUAUCUCAGGAAUUAUCAGCACACACCCAAAGUUCAAAGGUCAAAUUCAGAGUUGUAACUUGAGGCUGAAGGGGCUCCUGCCCACAAUCCCUGAAUUGACCCAUCACACCAGAUUUUACAUGCCAAAAUUGUCUUUGGAAAAGAAGUUACAUACGAGAUGGGUAGUUCGAUAAUACUCAAAAUUGAUGAAUUCACUGUAUUCAUAGUGGAAGGAUGUCACAUUUACAUCCUCUGCAUUUCAAAUACAGAAAGUCUCAAGUACUUUUCAAAAAACACAGAUUUUAGAUGCUGGCAGCUGACACUAUACUUUUAUACAGCAUACUAUCUUUACUUGCCAAAGUUGACACAAUUAGUUUGCAAAGCUCUAAGAUAAAUAUAACUGGGAUAUAAACAAGAUGUUAGUUUGGUCAUCAGGAUUAUUUGACAUGAGAUACAAAUUGAAUGAAAAUACUUUAAUAUUGUGUCACUGCACAAUACACAUCUCAAAAUAUACAUUGAUUUCAUCAACUUUCACACUGUGCUCAAAUUUACUUGUGAUCCAUUUCCAACAUUUCUAUCCCGUAUCUCAAUCUCUCUCUGUCUCCAUCUCUAGAGACAGUCUAACUACUGAUAUAUUUUAUAUACCCACGAACUCUCAGUUAUCUGGAUUAUACCUCUUCCCACCCUGUCACUUGUAAAAAUGCCAUUCCCCCUUCCCUCAAUUCUUCCGUCUCUGCCACACCUGCUCUCAGGAUGAGGCUUUUCAUUCUGGAAAAACUGAGAUAUCCUCCUCCUUCAAAGAAGGGAGCUUCCCUUCCUCCACCGUCAAUGCUGCCCCCAUCCACAUCUCUUCCACUUUGCACACAUCUGCCCUCUCCCCAUCCUCCCGCCACCCUACCAGGGAUGGGGUUCCUCUUGACCUCACCUACUACCCCACCAGCCUCUGCGGCUAGCACAUUAAUUUUCCGGAACUUCUGCCACCUCCAACGGGAUCCCACUACCAAGCACAUCUUUCCCUCCUCCUUACUCUCUGCUUUCCGCAGGGAUCGCUCCCUAACCGACUCCUUUGUCCACUCUUUCCUCCCCACUGAUCUCCCUCCUGGCAUUUAUCCUUUUGCAAGCGAAACAAGUGCUACACCUGUCCCUUACACCUCCUCCGUCACUACCAUUCAGGGCUCCAAAUAGUCCUUCCAGGUGAGGUGACACUUCACCUGUGAAUUUUCUGGGGUCAUCUUUUGUAUCCGGUGCUCCCGUUGUGGCCUCCUGUAUAUCAGUGAGACCCAAUGUAGAUGGGGAGACUGCUUUGCCGAGCACCUUCGUUCAGUCUUCCACAAAAAGCGGGAUCUUCCAGUGGCCAUCCAUUUCAAUUCUACUUCCCAUUCCCAUUCCAACAUGUCAGUCCAUAGCCUCCUCUACUGCUAUGACGAGGCCACACUCAGAUUGGAGGAACAACAUCUUGUAUUCCGCCUGGGUAGCCUCCCACCUGAUGGCAUGAACAUCGCUGCUCGAAGUUCCCAUAAAGCCCCCUCCCCCCUUCACCAUUCCCAUUUCCCUCUCUCACCUUAUCUCCUUACCUGCCCAUCGCCUCCCUCUGGUGCUCCUCCCCCUUCCCUUUCUUCCAUGGCCUCCUGUCCUCUCCUAUAGGAUUCCCCCUUCUCCAGCCCUUCAUUUCUUUCACCAAUCAAUUUUACUUCACCCCCCCUCCCUCUCCUGAUUUCACCUAUCACAUGCCACCUUGUACUUCCUCCCCCCGUCCCCACAUUCUUAGUUGACUCCUUCCCCCUUCCAUUCCAGUCCUGCUGAAGGGUCUCGGCCCGAAACGUCGACUGUUUACUCUCUUUCAUAGAUGCUGGCUGGCCUGCUGAGUUCCUACUGCAUUUUGUCUGUUGCAAUAUGUAUGAAUCCCAGCAGUGGGUAAUCUCUAGUGUUGUAUGCCAGCAUUUUCAAUGAACAUACAGGUACGUAUUGACACAGUACUCCACAAGGUCAGUGCCCAGCAGCACUGUACCAGUCCUACACAGUGUCAUACCCAUCUCCAUCCGUACUGUCCCCCUGUGAUAGAAUGACAGACUCCAUCCCACUGGUACUGUACCCCAGUGUUAUACAGUGACAGACCUGUCCCCACCGGUACUGUAUCCUGGUGUCAUACAGUGACAGACCUGUCCCCACCGGUACCGUACCCCAGUGUCACACAGUGACAGACCCGUCCCCACUGGUACUGUGCCCCGGUCUGAAACAAUGACAGACCUGUCCCCACCGGUACCAUGCCCCGGUAUCGUACAGUGACAGACCCGUCCCCACCAAUAUUUCAUAAGCACCUCUCUUUCGGCAAAGUUGAGAGUGUAUAGCAUUACUGCUGAGAACACCAUCACAUUUUUUGUUAGCAUUUAUUGCAACAUCAUAGGUACAAUAAUUUAGCUUUACUGAAAUUUUUCUGACAUCUACAUCUGGUGAAAGGAGUGAUUAAAUUUAUCCAUCAAAAUAAAAUGUCUGCACUUGAAUUCAUUUCAGUUCAGUUCUUGUGUAGCUUGCACAGUUUCGAUUUUGAAUAUGGACUUUUGACACCAGCAACAUACCUGGCAGUUGGUGGGAAGGAGUUCUUCUCUACUUUAGCUGUAGUUAUUUUGGAACCUGCCCUUUAUGAUGGUAUUAAUUACUCAUUAGCAGGUAUAAACUGAAAGAGCAUUGCAUCCUCUUUCGCUGAAAAAGUGAACUUUCUGAUUGACUUUUUUGUAGAUAGCAGGUGAGUAGAAUUCACAACAGAGCUGAGGGACAGUGAAAAAGCAUUUAAAAACUUUCCAAUGAGCAUUCCCUCUUGGUAUGGAAUUCACAGCAGUACGGACAGGGCCUUUUUAUGUUACAAUCUGCAGAUUUUUGGACACCCCUACUUUCGAAAGAGCUCACUGAAAUAUUAUCAAUUUUCCAUGUAACAUCUCUGCAUUAAUCAGACACUACUGUCUCUGAAGAUCACAGGCUGCCAGGUUCACUGCUGAAGGCUUCUUAAGGGAGUUACUUUGGAUACUGAUAACAAUCACUUCUAUGGAUGCUUGUGUGGCAAUUCUCUAUUAAACAAUGCACUAAUCAUUGAUAACUCAUGCUCAUCAAAACUAGCCAUUGAUUGUGGGACAUCCUGAUUCUGUACUAGGGGAAGAAAAUGAAGAAAUAUUCAUAUUAAUCUGUGGAGGUACAGUUAUGUAUCCAGUAAUUUUGUGUGUUUUCCAAUUCAUGGACAAAAUCAACUUCUGCAUGUCUGUAAAAAGGGAAUCUGUUCCUUAUGUAGGGACAGCCUAUGAUAGAGAAAUUACUUUUAUGCUGUAUUUUUUUGUAUGUAAAUCAAAUGCUUAAUUACUAUUACAUAGAGUUCUCUUUAUUUACAAAGAAUCAGAGGAGACAGAUUGUACAUGGUCAGUUUAUUGUUUUGGUUCUUUGCAACGUAACAGCGCCUUGACAGAAUGAUCAGGUAUUUUUGUACUUUUUUUUCAAAUAAAGCUGUGCAACAACUGGCAGUGUGCACGUGCUAUCUUCUGCAACGACGUACUUGGUUCUCAACGAAGCCCAGCUGUCUUGAAAUGCCAAGCAACUCCCACCCUGAAAGAAAACUUCCU